GGCGGGGAGAGGCUGCCGCCUUCACAGUCCGCACGUCGCCUUCGAGCUCGUCUCCUACUGCCCCCCUCCUCCCCAUCUCUUCCACCCCGCUCGCUGUUCUCGCGUCUCGCCGCCGCCGAGUCGGGCGCCAUGGCCAGCACGGGCGUGCUGCCGUUCGUCCGCGGCAUCGACCUGAGCGGGAACGACUUCAAGGGAGGGAACUUUCCUGAGCGCAUUGGGGCCAUGAGCAGUUUGCGGUGGCUGAAGCUGAACCACACGGGGCUGUCCUAUCUGCCCGAGGAGCUGGCAGUGCUGCAAAAGCUGGAGCACCUCUCUGUGAGCCACAACCAGCUGACGACGCUGCACAGCGACAUCACGGCUCUCCCCUGUCUCCGGGCCAUUGUAGCCAGAGCCAACCAGCUGACAAAUCCUGGGGUUCCUCCUGACAUCUUCAAUCUGGAAGACCUCUCUGUUCUGGAUCUCAGUCACAACCAGCUGACGGAGGUUCCGAAUGAAUUGGAGAAUGCAAAGAACAUGCUGGUGCUCAACCUCAGCCACAACAGUAUCGAGACGAUCCCCACGCAGCUCUUCAUAAACCUGACGGACGUGCUGUACCUGGACCUCAGCAAUAACCGGCUGGACAGUCUGCCGCCCCAGAUGCGGCGCCUUGUCCACCUGCAGACGCUCAUGCUCAACAACAACCCCCUGCUGCACGCACAGCUGCGGCAGCUGACAGCCAUGACAGCCCUGGAAACGCUGCACAUGAGGAACACGCAGCGUACGCUCAGCAACCUGCCCACGCAGCUGGAGGCACUCACGCACUUGGCUGAUGUGGACCUUUCCCACAACGAGCUGGCGCGGGUCCCCGAGUGCCUGUACACCCUGUCCGCUCUACGCCGCCUCAACUUGAGCGACAACCAGAUCACGGAGCUGUCGCUGUGCAUGGACCAGUGGACGCAGCUGCAGACGCUGAACCUGUCGCGCAACCAGCUCACCUCGCUGCCGUCAUCGAUCAGCAAGCUGGCCAAGCUUCGCAAGCUGUUUGUCAACUCGAACCGGCUCGACUUCGAAGGGAUUCCCUCCAGCGUGUGGAAGCUGGGAAAUCUGGAGCAGUUCGUGGCAGCCGACAACAACCUGGAGCUCAUCCCCGAGAGCCUGUGCAGGUGUGCCAAGCUCAAGAAGCUCGUGCUCAACAAGAACCGGCUCAUCACGCUGCCAGAGCUCGUGCAUUACCUCACCGACCUGGAGGUCCUGGACGUCAGAGAGAACCCCAACCUGGUGAUGCCCCCCAAGCCGACCGACCGCUCGGAGAACUUGUACAACAUCGACUUCUCGCUGCAGAACCAGCUCCGCCUGGCGGGCGCUUCCCCUGCCGCCAUCGCCGCCGCCGGGGGCGGGCAGCCCGCUAAGGACCAUGUGGCGCGGAAGCUGCGUCUGCGCAGGCGUCGCGAUUCCGCGCAGGACGACCAAGCCAAGCAGGUGCUCAAGGGCAUGUCUGACGUGGCCCACGACAAGAACAAGACCUUGGCGGAGGGAGGCGACGUGCGCUACACGGAGGUGAAGAGCCGCCGCUGGGACGAGGGCCUAGCCAAGCCGCAGCUCGACUACUCGGAGAUUUUCACUGAAGACGUGGGCCAGAUCCCCGGCGUGUCCGUGUGGCACAUUGAGAACUUUGUGCCACAGCUGACCGAAGAUGAUUACCAUGGCAAGUUCUACGACGCUGACUGCUACAUCGUGCUGAGGACAUUCAUCGACGAAAACGGGGCAAUCGCGUGGGAGAUCUACUACUGGAUCGGGACGAAGGCAACGCUGGACAAGAAGGCGUGCGCCGCCAUCCACGCCGUGAACCUGCGCAACUUCCUGGGCGCCGAGGGGAGGUCGCAGCGGGAGGAGAUGGACGACGAGAGCGAAGAGUUCCUCGCUGUGUUUGAUGGCUCCAUCUCGUAUAUUGAAGGGGGAACGUCUAGCGGAUUUUUCACGGUGGAGGAAAACGCCCACAUUGUCCGAUUGUACCGCUGUCACGGUACACAAAGCAUCCACCUGGAGGCAGUAGCACUCAAGGGAAGCUCGUUGGACCUACGCUUUGUGUUUAUGUUGGACGUUGGGAACACCAUCUACAUCUGGAAGGGGCGGCGUGCCGGCCUCAAUGCCAAGACAAAGUGCAGGCUGUUUGCGGAGAAGAUCAACAAGAAUGAGCGCAAGGGUCAAGCCGAAAUCCUGAUGGUGGCGCAGGGCGAGGAGCCCGAGGAAUUCUGGACGACCUUAGGGGGGCAGCCCGACUCGAUUGUGCCUCACGUGCCUGCCGACUUCGUUCCCUGCACGCCCAAACUCUUCAGGGUGGGCCUGGGCCAGGGCUAUUUGGAGCUACCGCAGGUGAACUACCGGCUGUCUGUGGAGCACAAGAACAAGAAGCUGUGUGCUCAGCUGAUGCCCGAGCAGAGGCUGGUGCAGUCGCUGCUGGACACGAGGAGCGUGUACCUGCUCGACUGCCACUCGGACGUCUUCAUCUGGAUGGGGCGCCGCUCCCCGCGCCUGCUGCGUGCCGCCGCGCUCAAGCUGGGCUCCGAGGUGUGCGCCAUGCUGCCCCGCCCGCGCCACGCCACCGUGCUCAAGAACAUCGAGGGCACCGAGUCUCAGAUCUUCAAGUCCAAGUUCAGAAACUGGGACGACAUCCUGGCGGUGGACUACACGCGGAGCGCCGACGCCGUGGGUCGCGCCGCCGGCCUCGAUGGCAAGGUGCAGCAGGACGCUGCACCCCGGCGGCAGCAGCAGCAGCUCAAGGCCGACCUCUCGGCACUCUUCUACCCUCGCCAGCCGCCCAUGCCACUGUCCGAGGCUGAGACGCUGAUGGACGAGUGGAAUGAGGACCUGGAGGGAAUGGAGUCGUUUGUGUUGGAGGGCAGGAAGUUUGUGCGUCUACCCGACGAAGAGUUUGGCCACUUCCACACACACGACUGCUAUGUCUUCCUGUGCCGGUACUGGGUGCCGCUGGAGCGCGCUGAGGAUGGGGCGGAGGAGGAGGAGGAGGCGGCGGGGGAGCAGGACAGCCAGAUGGAGGAGGACCUGCAGUCCGUCGUCUACUUCUGGCAGGGCCGCGAGGCCUCUAACAUGGGCUGGCUCACCUUCACCUUCAGCCUGCAGAAGAAGUUCGAGAGUCUCUUCCCCGGCAAAAAGAUGGAGGUGGUGCGCAUGACCCAGCAGCAGGAGAACCUCAAGUUCCUGUCGCACUUCAAGCGCAAGUUCCUUAUCCACAGGGGCAAGCGGCGCGCCACGGAGAACGCUCUGCAGCCCAGCCUCUUCCACCUGCGCACCAACGGCAGCGCGCUGUGCACACGGUCCAUUCAAGUGAAUACGGACGCAGGUCUACUCAACUCGGAAUUCUGCUACAUAUUGAAGGUUCCUUUCAACAGCGAGGACAGCCCAGGGAUUGUGUACGCCUGGAUUGGCCGUGCCGCUGACCCAGAUCAGGCCAAGCUGGCGGAGGAAAUAAUGAACACCAUGUUCAGCAGCGACUACAGCAAGCAGGUGGUGGACGAGGGAGAGGAGCCGGAGAACUUCUUCUGGGUGGGGAUCGGGGGCAGCAAGCCUUACGAGGAGGAUGCCGAGUACAUGAAGUACGCACGCCUCUUCAGAUGCUCCAAUGAGAAGGGCUACUUUGCCGUGUCAGAGAAGUGUUCCGACUUCUGUCAAGACGAUUUGGCAGAUGACGACAUCAUGCUGCUUGACAACGGCCAAGAGGUCUACAUGUGGGUGGGCACUCAAACCAGCCAGGUGGAGAUCAAGCUAAGCCUGAAGGCCGUUCAGGUGUACAUCCAGAACAUGCGCAGCAAGGACACGAGCCGCCCGCGCAAGCUCAAGCUGGUGCGCAAGGGCAACGAGACGCUGUACUUCACGCGCUGCUUCCACGCGUGGGGGGAGUUCCGCAAGCAGUGCGAGUGAGCGGUGACGCGCCCCCGGGCUCGCUCGCAAAAAAACAUCAACUUCGCGGUCGUAGAAAACAAACUAACAAGUAUAAAAAUGGCCCGGUCGCUCCCUCUCGCCCCUUACAUCUGCUCACAACUCUCUUCUUUCCGUUAUAUGCCUUUUAAAGGUUGAUCCAUUUAUAAUUACCCCACUAAAAUACUAGGGGAGAUGUUGUAGGUAAGGGAAAAAACCUAUACAGUAGAACCCUUCUUAACGACCACCCCAGUUAACCACGAAUCGCUUAACGACAGGCCUCUAGAGCACAGUGUUCGCUUACCGACUAUUUCUCUGUUAACGACGGGCUGUUUUAGUUACAGUAAAUAUUAAUGAAUCCAUUGAUUUACCAUGUUUCCUUUAAUAUGUGUUUAUAAUGUUAGUAUCUUUGUGCAUUAAUAUCCAUUGUUUAAAUAUUAUCAAGUCCGUUUUUUGGGUGAAAAAGGGUAACUUUCGAUGCUAUCGGAAGGAAUUAAGCCAUUAACGUGUAUUUCCUAGACUCGCUUAACGACCACAUCACUUAACGACCGGUUUCAUAAAACCAAUUACCGUCGUUAAGAGGGGUUCUACUGUAUUUUAAUUCAAGGCCGCAUACGUGUCUCGCACCAAUCCCAAGACGCUUACCACCUUUCCUUCCUGUUCCCCUGUGAGUCGCGAGGUGACACGGUCCAGUGGUCACACAUUCGGGUCCAGCGGUCGCACGUUCGAAUCUAGCGGCCGCCCUGGUUAAUGAUUGGGCACCGGACAUUUAGUAGCAAGUGUCAGAGCACGAUGGCCUCUUCCGCAAAACCCGACCAUGUGAGUUACAGCUCGAUCACAUUCCUCUACAGUCCACACUGGCAAAUUAUGAAGAAUAUAACUGGCAACCGCUUUCAAGGUGUUAUUAAUUGUAGAAAUACUUACAAGCCCUCAUGCGUCACAGUGAUUGUUAAGGAUCCCGUGACAUCAUUCAAUUGCGUGCCGGCGGUCAUGGUGCAAAUUUGCCAAAUUUGAGGAAUUCUGCCGCGGAUUACUUGGUUGGAGUAUACACACGGCACUCACCGACCCCUGCCGUGACAAAUUGGCAGGACCUUCUGGAAAAAAACGAGUCCUGAGAUUCGGUGAAGCCCUCUUGGGUAAACAACCAUUUGUUAACAUAAUAACAGAGCCAUCAUUUCACAACAGUUCAAUCACGCCUUUUGAGAAUAAAGUAAAAGGUUGAUUACAAAUAAGUGGGGCGCUAUAAAUGGAUCGCCCUUGUAUAUCCCAGCUAUCUGUGGAUGAGCUACAUGUGUGGCGGGCUUCUCUGUAACUCCCACAGCACAAUUUAAUUGAGGCCACUCAUUAGAUGCGGGUGAUGUUGUGCACUUUUAAAUCUAGAAUGAAAACUCAUUGCGUUCGAACAGUUUUUUGUGUUUUGUUUGUUGUCCUUCCCCCGCACCUCCGAUUUGCACGCUUGGCUACGUACGGUGCAAACGGAAGUUUAACAUGCAGACAUGUUUUACUUAUAGAUGCAGGAGUUCAUUUUCAUUGACGCUGAAGUGAAAAUGUUAUAUCUUCAUUGAACUCCUUGUGAUUCGAAAGCUACGCGCAGCUUUCGUUCAAUAUGCUCUUGCACCACUGCUCAUGCAGUAUUGCAGUUGCUUUCUUUAACUUUUGCCGCAAAAUGGUACACAAUUUAUGGACCCUGGAGGGAAGACGGAAGUGAGCCGACCCUUGUCCGAGAUCUCAUUCAGCUUGGGGCGUUGGGCGGCAUGCGAAAGUUGCGACGCGGCUCGCACUCGUGGGGAUAUUUCACCGUUUUAACUGGAGGCUCCAGCUUUUGCCAGAGGUCUGCAGCGGCACCGCUCGAAACAUUCCCAACAAGUCCUUGGCCCUCGUAUACUUAUACAGCACGAUUGUUUACUAGAAAUGUCAGUUGCUUUGUGACCGCGAUUCAUUCCGAAGUACACAAUUACAAUUGUGCAACUCAGCACGGGUCUCCUUUCCCCAGUUAUCCACGGUUUAUGAUGAUCCAUCACACGGCAAGGUCAAGAACCUGUUGAACCUUCACCCCUCAGCCAGCCGGUGGCUAAAAAGCAUUCUAAUGCCCAUGAAGGGACAUGUCACGCCGUGUCCACUUAUCCUCGCCGCCCCCCCUGCUCCCCCACGGAUACUGGAGACCUUGGGUGGAUCGCUGGAGACAAUGGCCACAUUGCAGCCAAAAUUACUAAAGUCACCAGUGAGAACAAGGAUCAGGAGAGCGUGUGGGUAAUAGCUACUCCACUAAGGACAUAUUGGUUAAAGUGCCUCUACGCUCGCGCAGUGCUCAUCACUGUUGGCAGCCCCGAGUCAGUGAUGGAAAUUGCACAUUCCUAUGACAAGCACCAGUCCUCCCUUGGACAACCAACUACUGUGGACAUCUUACAAAGUGCUACUGAAUUUACUGACCCCCCUCCCCCACUCGGGAAUAGGUUGAAUUUGUCUCCCUGAUCUAUAUUUGAAGCCCUCGGCCUUCUGACUGGGCGUAGCGUUUGUGUCCAACGGCUGGCCAUGGUGGUCGGAGCCUAAACCACGGUCUCGUUUGAAUUCGCACCAGCCUAGGAUAAAAUAUGUUUUGUAAUCUUGAGUGAAUUGGGAUGUAUUUUUGUAUUCAAUUCAAAGUCCUUGUGCUAAUCCGAUAAAAGUAUUGCUUAAAUAUUU